AGACACUGAAAAUUCCCGUGAAAUACGCAACAAUCUGGUUAGUGUUGAACCGGAAACGAUCAAGUCCAGCUCAGCUAUCUUUUCCCCAAAUUUCCCAAAUCCAAAACCCUAGAAUUAAUAUGGCGACCCAGCUCUGCAUCAAUUCACCAUUUACACUAAAUUCACCUAUCAGCUAUUGUAGAAGUCCAGUAAAAAUUCAUCAGUUCCAACCCUUAUUUCGAUACACCAACAAUUCUGAUUCGAGGAAUUCUAAUACGUUGAUUUCAAUUCGAUGCUCGUCAGCUAAGCCAACAGAAGCCCUGAGAACUUGCAAGAACUGCAAAGCCCAGUUUGAUCCUUCCCUUAAUGACCCCCGUUCUUGCCGUUACCACACUGCUCAUUUCGGCGGAGAAACAAAGAGAAAGUUUGAAAGUGUACAUAGCGGAGGCACAAUGAGCACUCCUGAUGCAGGUAAAAUCUCUCAAUACUGGCAUUGUUGUGGUUCUGAAGAUCCCUUUGAUCCCGGCUGCACUGCUGCUCCUCAUGCUUCCUAUGAUGAUUGAUCUAAUUUUCACAACUGUCAAAAAGACUCAAGUUUCGCAUCGAUUGAUUGAGCAGGUCAAGGCUUAUCCUCUGGUGAUUAACAACUUUACUUGUAUAUCAGAUCUGUAUUCGACCCUCUAUAAAUUAUGUUGUAUAUGGGAUUUUGUUUAUAGCAAAUUACAAGUGCCACUUCCUACCGC